AUGGCCGCGACGGCCCGGGAUAGCCAGGCCCGCUGCUGCUGCCGCCGCAAAGCGCGCUGCCCCCGUCCUGCCCCCGCCAAGGCUGCGGCCGGAGCAGCUCGAGCGCCUCGAGCACAGCCGGCGAGACUCCCUCAGGAGCGCCCAGGCCCCCCGGGUGCCGGGGCAGCGCCGGCUCCUGAGCGCAGAAGCAGCCGGCGAGGCUCCCUCAGGAGCGCCCAGGCCCCCCGGUGCCGGGGCAGCGCCGGCUCCGGAGCGCAGAAGCAGCCGGCGAGGCUCCCUCAGGAGCGCCCAGGCCCCCGGUACCGGGGCAGCGCCGGCUCCGGAGCGCAGAAGCAGCCGGCGAGGCUCCCUCAGGAGCGCCCAGGCCCCCCGGGUGCCGGGGCAGCGCCGGCUCCUGAGCGCAGAAGCAGCCGGCGAGGCUCCCUCAGGAGCGCCCAGGCCCCCCGGUGCCGGGGCAGCGCCGGCUCCGGAGCGCAGAAGCAGCCGGCGAGGCUCCCUCAGGAGCGCCCAGGCCCCCGGUACCGCGGCAGCGCCGGCUCCGGAGCACAGAAGCAGCCGGCGAGGCUCCCUCAGGAGCGCCCAGGCCCCCCGGUACCGGGGCAGCGCCGGCUCCGGAGCGCAGAAGCAGCCGGCGAGGCUCCCUCAGGAGCGCCCAGGCCCCCCGGUACCGGGGCAGCGCCGGCUCCGGAGCGCAGAAGCAGCCGGCGAGGCUCCCUCAGGAGCGCCCAGGCCCCCCGGUGCCGGGGCAGCGCCGGCUCCGGAGCGCAGAAGCAGCCGGCGAGGCUCCCUCAGGAGCGCCCAGGCCCCCCGGUACCGGGGCAGCGCCGGCUCCAGAGCGCAGAAGCAGCCGGCGAGGCUCCCUCAGGAGCGCCCAGGCCCCCCGGUGCCGGGGCAGCGCCGGCUCCGGAGCGCAGAAGCAGCCGGCGAGGCUCCCUCAGGAGCGCCCAGGCCCCCCGGUACCGGGGCAGCGCCGGCUCCAGAGCGCAGAAGCAGCCGGCGAGGCUCCCUCAGGAGCGCCCAGGCCCCUGGUACCGGGGCAGCGCCGGCUCCGGAGCGCAGAAGCAGCCGGCGAGGCUCCCUCAGGAGCGCCCAGGCCCCCGAAGCAGCCGGCGAGGCUCCCUCAGGAGCGCCCAGGCCCCCCGGUACCGGGGCAGCGCCGGCUCCGGAGCGCAGAAGCAGCCGGCGAGGCUCCCUCAGGAGCGCCCAGGCCCCCGGUACCGGGGCAGCGCCGGCUCCGGAGCGCAGAAGCAGCCGGCGAGGCUCCCUCAGGAGCGCCCAGGCCCCUGGUACCGGGGCAGCGCCGGCUCCGGAGCACAGAAGCAGCCGGCGAGGCUCCCUCAGGAGCGCCCAGGCCCCCCGGUACCGGGGCAGCGCCGGCUCCGGAGCGCAGAAGCAGCCGGCGAGGCUCCCUCAGGAGCGCCCAGGCCCCUGGUACCGGGGCAGCGCCGGCUCCGGAGCGCAGAAGCAGCCGGCGAGGCUCCCUCAGGAGCGCCCAGGCCCCCCGGUACCGGGGCAGCGCCGGCUCCGGAGCGCAGAAGCAGCCGGCGAGGCUCCCUCAGGAGCGCCCAGGCCCGCGGGUGCCGGGGCAGCGCCGGCUCCGGAGCGCAGAAGCAGCCGGCGAGGCUCCCUCAGGAGCACCCAGGCCCCCGGUACCGGGGCAGCGCCGGCUCCGGAGCGCAGAAGCAGCCGGCGAGGCUCCCUCAGGAGCGCCCAGGCCCCCGGUACCGGGGCAGCGCCGGCUCCAGAGCGCAGAAGCAGCCGGCGAGGCUCCCUCAGGAGCGCCCAGGCCCGCGGGUGCCGGGGCAGCGCCGGCUCCAGAGCGCAGAAGCAGCCGGCGAGGCUCCCUCAGGAGCGCCCAGGCCCCCCGGUACCGGGGCAGCGCCGGCUCCGGAGCGCAGAAGCAGCCGGCGAGGCUCCCUCAGGAGCGCCCAGGCCCCCCGGUACCGGGGCAGCGCCGGCUCCGGAGCGCAGAAGCAGCCGGCGAGGCUCCCUCAGGAGCGCCCAGGCCCCCGGUACCGGGGCAGCACCGGCUCCGGAGCGCAGAAGCAGCCGGCGAGGCUCCCUCAGGAGCGCCCAGGCCCGCGGCUGCCGGGGCAGCGCCGGCUCCGGAGCGCAGAAGCAGCCGGCGAGGCUCCCUCAGGAGCGCCCAGGCCCCCGGUACCGGGGCAGCGCCGGCUCCGGAGCGCAGAAGCAGCCGGCGAGGCUCCCUCAGGAGCGCCCAGGCCCCCGGUGCCGGGGCAGCGCCGGCUCCGGAGCGCAGAAGCAGCCGGCGAGGCUCCCUCAGGAGCGCCCAGGCCCGCGGGUGCCGGGGCAGCGCCGGCUCCGGAGUGCAGAAGCAGCCGGCGAGGCUCCCUCAGGAGCGCCCAGGCCCCCCGGUACCGGGGCAGCGCCGGCUCCGGAGCGCGGAAGCAGCCGGCGAGGCUCCCUCAGGAGCGCCCAGGCCCCCCGGUGCUGGGGCAGCGCCGGCUCCGGAGCGCAGAAGCAGCCGGCGAGGCUCCCUCAGGAGCGCCCAGGCCCCCCGGUACCGGGGCAGCGCCGGCUCCGGAGCGCAGAAGCAGCCGGCGAGGCUCCCUCAGGAGCGCCCAGGCCCCCCGGUGCUGGGGCAGCGCCGGCUCCGGAGCGCAGAAGCAGCCGGCGAGGCUCCCUCAGGAGCGCCCAGGCCCGCGGGUGCCGGGGCAGCGCCGGCUCCGGAGCGCAGAAGCAGCCGGCGAGGCUCCCUCAGGAGCGCCCAGGCCCCCGGGUGCCGGGGCAGCGCCGGCUCCGGAGCGCAGAAGCAGCCGGCGAGGCUCCCUCAGGAGCGCCCAGGCCCCCCGGUGCCGGGGCAGCGCCGGCUCCGGAGCGCAGAAGCAGCCGGCGAGGCUCCCUCAGGAGCGCCCAGGCCCCCGGUACCGGGGCAGCGCUGGCUCCGGAGCGCAGAAGCAGCCGGCGAGGCUCCCUCAGGAGCACCCAGGCCCCCCGGUACCGGGGCAGCGCUGGCUCCGGAGCGCAGAAGCAGCCGGCGAGGCUCCCUCAGGAGCACCCAGGCCCCCCGGCAGUUUGGCUGCAAUUAGGAGGACGAGCACCGGAGUCAGUGCUGAGGGGCGAGCAAGACGGACGGGGCCGGUGCGCUCAUCUUCGCCCGCCUGCGUGUCCCCCGCCGAGGCUGGAAGAGCCGCGCUGACUCGCUUCGGACUCGAGCUGAGAGCGAAUUGGCAGACGCGAGUCACCCCGGCGCAGACCGCCUGCUUCGGCGGCUGGUUCCUCUCCUCCCCAGGCUUGCCCUCCCGACUCCUUGCAGGGAGCACUCUCAUUCCCGAGACUUCCAGCGGAGGAGAAGCUUCACCAUGGACGGAGAAGGCGGGGCUGGAGUCUGCAGUGGUCUUUUCUAAGUUCAGCGAUGCUUAG